UUUAUGCAUGCAAAGCAAAAAAAUUUACUGUGUGAGGAAAUUAUGAGGGUUUUGUUUCCUUGUGGGGAUAUUUCUUUUUCUCUUCUGGAGCCCAUUGAGGUGCUUGUGGGAUCAAGUUUCGAGCUUUGUGAUUGGGUCUCACACACUCUCUUUUUGAAAGUUUAUUAAGAAGAAGAAGAAGAGGGCUAUUACAGACAAUCCCUUGUGAAGAUGAGGGUUGGAAGAAAGCAAGAGAGGAACCCAGAGAGAGAAAAGAAAGAAAGAAAGCUGAUGGAAAAAAGCUGAAAGUUUAAAAGCAAGUUAAAAGAAAGCUGAGGAAACCGAAAGGAACAAAGAAAGAAAGAAAAAAGACCUUUUAUUUUUUCUCUCUUCUUCUAUCUAUGUCCUCCUUCUCCUCCUAGCUAGGCCUUGUCUAGCUGUUUCAUCUCUCUCUCUCUCUCUCUCUCUCUCUCUCUCUCUCUCUCUUCUCUCCAAUGAUCUCUUUUCUCUCUUCCAUUUUACUUGAUUCUCUAUCACAAAGAUAGCCACGCACACAAACAUAGGCAGUGGUUGCUUCUCUUCUUUGGCUAUAUCACCAUACAAUAGCAUAUAACACAUCAUCAAAGUACCAUGUUAGCCAAUAACUUAUCUCCAUCUUCAGUUCCCACUUCUGAGCCUUUUCCCUGCGCUGAAAAUGGCACUGCCACCAAUAAAAGGAAGAGAAGGCCUGCUGGAACACCAGAUCCAGAUGCAGAGGUGGUGUCUCUCUCUCCAAAGACUUUGUUGGAAUCAGAUCGUUAUGUGUGUGAGAUCUGCAACCAGGGGUUUCAGAGGGACCAAAACCUUCAGAUGCAUAGGAGGAGGCACAAGGUGCCAUGGAAGCUAUUGAAGAGGGAAACACCAGUGGUGAGAAAGAGAGUGUUUGUGUGUCCUGAACCUACUUGCUUGCACCAUGAUCCAUGUCAUGCUUUGGGUGAUCUUGUUGGGAUAAAGAAGCAUUUCAGGAGGAAACAUAGCAAUCAUAAACAAUGGGUUUGUGAGAGAUGCUCCAAAGGCUAUGCAGUGCAGUCUGAUUACAAAGCACAUCUCAAAACAUGUGGCACCCGAGGCCACUCAUGUGAUUGUGGACGAGUUUUCUCAAGGGUUGAGAGUUUCAUUGAGCACCAAGAUGCUUGCAACAUGGGAAGGCUCAGGCCUGAAACUCAACCUCUACAACCAGCUGCAUGCUUGUCAAGAACAGCUUCAAGUCCAAGUCCUUCAAGUGAAACCAAUUUCAGCACAGCUCCAUGGCCAACAAGAAUGAUAAUACCAAAGCCAACGACAGAUCAACACCCUACAAUCUUCAUGAAUAACCCUACUCCUCUCACCACUGCUGAAACCUCAUCCAAGAACAACAAACUCCACCCAAACUUGGAGCUUCAACUCUCCACCACCAACAACAACAACAACCCCAACACCACCAACACAUCAAACUCAAACCCUAUUGAGGCUGCAAUAUCCACAUCACUAUCACCUAAGAGAGAUCAUCAUGAGAACCAUUCAACCCAUUUGCAACUCUCAAUCGGGUCAUCGGAUAUGAGUGAGAAAAAUGAAUCAAACAGGAACUCAUCAGAAAAAAGCAGCAACAGCAAUGGUGAGAAGCAAUCCAUGGCUUUGUUGAGGGUUCAAGAGCAAGCAAGGGAACACUUGAGGAUAGCCAUGGCAGAGAAAGCAUAUGCGGAGGAAGCAAGGAAACAAGCAAAGAGACAGAUUGAACUUGCGGAGCAAGAGUUCACAAACGCUAAGAGGAUAAGACAACAAGCACAAUCGGAACUUGACAAAGCCUACGCCUUGAAAGAACAUGCAAUGAAGCAAAUCAACUCCACCAUGCUCCAAAUCACUUGCCACGCUUGCAAACAACACUUCCAAGCUCGAAAUGCAACCCCGGACGAGAAUUCUUUGGUGUUGAGCUACGUGUCUUCUGCUAUAACCACUGAAGGAGGAGAAGUAGAAAACGAUAAUGGAAAAGAUCAUGGCAAAAACAACAACUAACUCUACUUAUUAGAGAGAGAUAAUCAUCAUCGUCACCAUCAUCAACAUUAUCUUAUUCUCUCUCUCUUUGUCUCUCUACAGUUUAUUCUGUAUUUUAAUUUUCUAAGUCCUCCUUUAUGGGUUAUCACUUGAUACCCUUUUUUUUAAUUCAACGCUAAUAUCUUUGUGAAUUGGUAUACCAAGUGAAGUGGAGGCGAGUGAUGUUGAUUAUGUAAGUGGGGUUAAUUAAUUAAUAGCGCACGGGGUGGAGAAAUUAAAGAGUGUAAUUCUUCGUGUAGCUUGCAGUUUAUUGUGCCAUGUUAUUUGUUAAUUAAAUUUCGUAUAAAUGCAGACUAUGAUAAAAGGGUUUCGCUGGUUUAUAUGAUAAUAUAAAUUUUGAUUCUCCUGUGUG